AUGUCCGCCAAUUUCUCUAGAUUUAGCCUUCUUCCCACCGAACUCCGCCUCUCCAUCUGGCAACACUCCCUCCCCACGCCCGUCCAUCAAGGCUUGUACAUCUACAAAAAGGGAUGUUGGGAAGCCCACCUUGUGUCUGAGGAUAGAUUCCAUCUUAGCUUCAACCUCUCGCGCCUUAUCACUAUGAGAGUAGACGUGCCUCCCUUCCUGGUUAAUCAUGAGGCGCAUUCCGUAGCGCAAAACUGGCUGCAUCAGCAAGCGGGGACCAUCCUCGUCCACUGGACCCCCGAUGGCUUCCACUUCACGCGGCCCUUUCGGCCGGCUUCCGACACCCUAUACGUGCCGGACUGUCGGUAUCUCGAAUUUCUUAUGGAAGGUCCCGAUGUGGCUUUUGCCCCCCAAUAUGAAGGCCUGAAUUACGAGACCAGCCCGCCUGCGUUCCCGCGCAUCGCCUUUUCCCGGUCUCUACUGGAGCGUGAGAAGAAUUGUAUCACUUCAGUGUUUGACAUGAUAGAGUACCAAGAUUUUGAGGAGGUCUCGGUGGUCGAAGACAUGUCAGAGGAUGACGAGGGUGAUCUAAUGGUGCUACCCCGGGUGCAGAGGCCUUGGGGAUGGACGGUGGUUCCUGGAACGGAAACGCUAGUUUGGCAUAACAGUGCGAGGGCAUAUCGCCGAGAGAAAGGCUACGAGGGCGAUGAAGCAGAUGCGUUUGCGCGGUUGGUCGAGCAGGCGAGCGUGGGCAUCGGUUCGUGGAUUGGGUGGGAGUACGAUAGACUCCUUAAGUAUAUCUGCUUCUCCAGACCACCCAUCAUGCGUGAAAAUGGAAGCAUAUGA